AUGAUGUACGAAGGCUUGUCUAUAACUUUUUACAUACCGCGUCAUCUUAGUUUUCCAUCAACAACCUUCGAAGAUGGUCUUGCUUUAUUCUUACAUGACAACGAUGAACUUUCAUUCAUGGUUAAAAAUAGCAUACGAUUACGACCUGGUCUCGCUCAUAUAAUAACAUAUCGAAAAAGUGAAACAAUUUUUCUUCCUAAACCUUAUACGAAUUGUACAACUGCAGUUGGACGUAAUUUGCGUCAUAUCUACGAGGUUAUCUUCGAUCCGCAUUUGGCCCUUCAAGUUGCUUAUUCCGAAGCUUUAUGUUAUGAAUUGGGUAAACAAGCAUAUAUUUUCUCACAAUGUUCCUGUAUUUUGCCUAUUCCAUUUCUUAUGCGAAAUGUCUUUUCGUUGGAUCAUGAUCGACUUCUAAUCGCCAAUAUUUGUAUGCCGGCCACGUUGGACGAAAACUGUGCAUUGAAUGCACGACAGCAGAUAGCUUUGAAUGCAUCUCUCAUGGCUGUUUGGUGUUCCCGAUGUGCUCCACAAUGUAAGCACACACAAUUUUCGAUCGAUGUUAGUGCAUUACCGGCGCCAACUGCGCAACAAAAAGCAUCAUGGAAAAAUGUUUUGUUAAAAAACAAUUCUAAUAUGUCCUUGCCGGAUAAUUUUGCUACCAAUUAUGAUGCCUACAUGGACGCCAAUUAUUUACGAGUGACUGUAGCAUGUGCUAGUCCAUAUGUAACAAUACAUCAACAACAGGCUAAAUUAACGCUCAUUGAUACAUUUUCGGCCAUUGGAGGCCAAACUGGACUGUAAGUAAAAGCUUCUUUUUUGUUGACAACAUUCUAUUAUAAUGAGUUAAUUGAAGGUGGAUUGGCCUUAGUGUGCUAAGUUUAAUGGAAUUCUGCGAGUUGAUCUAUCAAUUAAUUAUAAAACAAAUUAUACUAUGGCGAUAUCGGCGAAACAUGCACACUGAAAUGCAAGUGAAACCGUCGAUGACCACGAUUGAAAGUGUACCAAAUCAAUCACAAUAACAACCAUAAACCUUUUUUUGAACUAACAAAUGUGAACUAUUUUUCAGAUUUUCUUUGAUUUAAGUGUCCUAACGAGGCUUCUCUGCUUUAGAAACACAUUUUAUUUUGACUGAUUCUUGUUAGCUGACAAAUUAAUCAAUACAAGACUCUAACAUAUAAUGAGUUUAAAUCAGCUCUAUCCAAGUCUCCUUAAAACGCGAUUAACAAAUUUAAACAGUAUUGUUGUAGGCUUAAAAUAUGCAACAUAAUCGAACUAUUUCAAUCGUACAUGAAAUGACAUUGACUUGAAUAAAGAUUUAUCGUGCAGUUCCAAAAGCAGGGUGUGGGUGUGUGGGUGUGGGGUGUGGGUGUGGGUGUGUGGGUGUGGGUGUGGGUGUGGGGUGGGGUGUGGGUGUGGGUGUG